AGAAAUCACCUCUGAACGCUCCAUGACGUAUUGGUGCAGGAGGCCAGCAGGCGAGCGCAUUGCAUUGUGGUCGCCGGUGCUUGGAUAGAAACAGAAACUAGCUACACGGCUCGCCAGCAAAUUUAAGUACUACUUGGCCUGGGCAGAACAUUGAGAGUGCAGAAAUUGGGGAUCUGUGACCACCUAUAAAGCAGCUAUGUCGUCAACAUCCCAAAAACAUAAAGAUUUUGUGGCCGAGCCCAUGGGUGAGAAGUCGGUGAUGGCUCUUGCUGGCAUUGGAGAGGUCCUUGGCAAAAGACUGGAGGAGAAAGGUUUUGACAAGGCGUAUGUUGUCCUUGGGCAAUUUCUAGUGCUAAAGAAAGACGAGGAGCUUUUCCGGGAUUGGCUGAAGGACACUUGUGGGGCAAACUCCAAACAACAAGGUGACUGCUAUGGCUGUCUUAAAGAAUGGUGUGAUGCCUUCCUAUAAGGCAUUCAGUCACUGUUUUCUACUUCUGAAGUCCAAACUGUGUAUUACCUCUUCAGUCAUCUUGAUUCAAUUCAGCUACACCGUAUAUCUGGACUGACACUGUACACCCUGAGGUAUAACGUUAACUUGUUUAUAAAUUCUACUAAAAGCUGUAUUUCUGAAGUUCUCUGAGUAGUAGACCAAUAGUGCCCAACUCUCUCGUAUAGAGACUUAGGCACUAUUAUUCUAGACCUACUUGUCAUUCUUUGCAUUUCUUUUUAUAAAUUGGUGGAGAAUCACAAAAUCUGACAAUACUAACUGCCCGGGACAUGUGCUCACUAUCAAUAGUUCUGCAGAAAUUUUGACUUGUUGCAAGAGUAAAAUCACGGGUGUAAUAAAAAACAGUAAUGAUGACUUCUUUCCAUUAGAGUUUACCAGUAAGUCAUGCCACUGGGCCUCUUUGUACUACCGGGACUGUGACACUGGUACACCUGUGUUUGAGAAGUAAAACUGUCUGCUCUGAGAACAUUUUAUGGACAAGCUUCAUAAUGAAAGCCUAGUUUCCAGUUUUGGGAAAGAGCUGCUAAAGUUAAUAUUAUUCAGAUUGCCCAAGAUCACUUAUCACAAUACAGUACUUUCUGGUAAAGGUUGAAAGGUUGAAGGUUGAAUGUGCGGUUCAUUCAUUGUUGCUUGUGUACUAAGAUUUUAUCUUUUUAAGCUACACAUGGCUAAUUUGUUCCAAGUGUUAAACCUUUACCUUCUGAGACAUUUGGGUCAGCACACACUUUUCUUUCUGUCCCAUGUAAUGACUUACCAGCACAACACAGACUAAUAUUUGUACUCACCUUCAGUUCUUGGGCUUCUUGCCCCUUUUACCUGUUUUUAAAGCCAUUGGAAAGUUCAUGUACCAGUUUGCGCUUUUUUCAAAGAUAGCACAUCAUAUUGCAGUUUAGUAAUGCGCUGUUCACAAACAAUGUUAAAAUCAAUUCUGGAAGAGGUGGAUUGCAGAGGACAUGACAAAAACAACGUAAUGCUAAUCUUGAAUGAGAAAAUAUCUUUUUUUUAUAUAUAUAUCCAAAAAUAACCUUUUAACUUUAGCUUCUGCAAGUGAGGAAGCAGAUUCCGGCAUCUGGGUUACUCAAAGCUCAUUUUAAAUCUGAAGAUGUAAAUGUGUAUAAAUAAACGUGCCGAUAGAGCACGAUAGAACACAUGUCAGUCUACUGCUGAUGAGUUGGCGGCAGCCUACAGCCCUACAUUAGAUAAUUAAUGUGUUCCUGUGUCGUUAGUGGUAAACAGGAAUUUGUACCUGUCUGAUCUGCUGGGGGUUGAUAUGGCAACAAUCUAAAUCAAAACCAAUAACACUGAUACAUUAUAUCAAUAAGCACCCUGUUCAUUAACAGUGAAGAAAUACUGCUUAAAUAGCAAUGGGAAAAUCCUCUAUAGUGUAAAAUCAAAAAGCUUGAGUCACUGUUUGACUGUCAUUUUAAACAUGAGAUGCCUUAAUGCAUGUUAAAUGUUUUAUUUGGUCAGAUGAACUAUAGGAUCUGCAGUAGUGUAUGUAUAUCCAGGCUUUGUAAUGUAAUCUUCAUCAUCAGUCACCAGCUGUUUGAGGAUGUAAUUGUUGUUUAGCAUCUUUUUGUUGCAACACUGACUGAUGUGUUUGCAUUUGACUGUGAAGACUCAUCAGUUUUUAUAUUGCUGUAAUAAAAAAUAAAUAAAAGGCAAAUUAUCAGA